AUGAGCGCUUCCACUGGUGGUAAAUUGUUCGUCGGCAAUCUCGCUUGGACGACCGAUACCGGCGCGCUGAAAUCUGCCUUCGGUCAGUUCGGUGACGUUAUCGACGCAAUUGUCAUGCAAGAUCGUGAAACCGGCCGCAGCCGUGGCUUCGGCUUCAUUACCUAUAAAGAAGAGUCUGAUGCCCCUGGUGCCAUCCAAGGUCUGAAUGGCCAGGAACUCGACGGACGAGAAAUCCGGGUUAACUACGCCAACUCCCAAACCGGUGGCGGUGGCCAACGACAAGGUGGUGGUGGCUACCGUGGAGGCGGUGGGAGUGGUGGAUACAGCUCCGGCUACGGCGGAGGAGGCUACGGUGGUGAUCAAGGCGGGUACGGCGCUGACCAAGGGGGCUAUGGCGGUAAUAGUACUUACCAAUCAUACGGUGGUGGGGGCUACAGCGGUGGUGGCCAAGGCCAAGGUAACUGGAGAGGUGACCAGCAAAACAGCUACAACCCUCCAAGCGGUGGCGGGGGUAAUUGGUAA